CAAUGAGCAGAUCAGCUGCUCCCCUUUGUUCCCAUGUCACAGCAACCUCCAGCUUGAUUUGCUCACUGAAAGCUAGGAGGUCACCACACUCCUCAGUCUAGCAGCUGCUGCUGGCCUGGCCGGUACUUCCUCACUGCUAGUUGGGAUUUGGGGCUCCUGAAAAAGGAAACACGAAGAUGGGGGGACACUUGCAUAUGCUAUCAAAGUGGCUGGUUCUGCUGAACUUCACGGCCUUGGAGGUCUCAUCCAUAGAAACAGUUAACCUGGUGGAUUUUUGUGGGCAGACCAUCAGAGACGACGGGCUGAUUAUCAAUUCGCACAGGGACUCCCGGCGCUACUACUUCGUGGCUACGGGGACGGACUGCUCCCUCACCAUGCAGGCCGCGUCGCCCAAAGACAAAGUCCAGUUCCAGUUCCGCUUCUUCUUGGUGUACAGCCUGCUGCGCCUGGCCCCCAGUGGCGGGCCCCCGUCCAACACCACCCGAGCGCCUCUGCCCCCAGAGACCGCCCGGCCCAGCCAAAGGGGGCCUGGGCAGCCCUCAUCCGGUGGAGACUGGGAGCUUCAGGACCCCUGUAAUGCUGGAUCGUAUGUGCAAUUCUAUGAUGGCAGAGGUCGCGCCGCCGAGCCUCUGGGGUUCCCGCUGUGUGGGAAGAGCAUCCCUAGGCCCAUCCUGUCCACCGGGAACUACUUGACCCUGCGCUUGGUGACACGGGGGCAGCAGCCCCGGGUGGAUUUCGUGGGCGAUUUUACAUCCUUCCGUCUGGGCUUCAACAUGUCCGAGUGCAGCGAGGAGCCGUACUUCCAGUGCCGGAACAGCAAGUGCAUCCCCAUGAGCCUGGUGUGUGACCGGAUGGGCAUCGAUAACUGCGGGGAUGGCUCGGACCAGGCAGCCCACCCCCCUGCCAAGUGCAGAGGCCGCCCUCCCACAUCAGCAUUUCUCCAGCCUGCGAGCAGCCCUGCAGCCCACGUCACCCCCUGCAUGGCAGCCUGUGGCGGGGCAGAGAAGAGCCAGCCCUUGGCCCCAGACACCGCGCCUCAGGACGAGCCUGCAGCAGCUCUGCCCCCACAGCUGUGCCCACAGGAACCAUGGCUGUUCCAGCAAAGUCACGCCGCAGCACAGCGCCGACCUGCCCAUCUGAGGUCAGCUAUGCCAUCCUCGCCCUGGCCGGAGGAGCAGGGAUCCGACCUUUCCUGUCUGUGCUGCAGAGAUUCUCUCCGCUGGCUUGGGUCCUCGCAGGACGGGCUGCGGAUACGAGCUGGGGGGGUGGGGUGGGAAGAGGACGGGGCAGCUCCCAAUACCUCCUCUGCUCACUCCCAUAGACAGGCCAGGCCCCAUGCGCUCCUCCCAUGGAUCGGCUCAACUGCAUGCCCCCCACCGGCAACAGCCUCCGAAACACAAGGGCCCAGAGGGCUGCUAGGGAGUCCUGGAGUUGCCCCAGUGAGCGAUGCAGGUGGCGGAAGGAGCGAAUGAUUCACCGGCUUGAAUGGGGAUUUGCCCCUUGCCUCCAAGCACCGUGCUGCUGGGGGCAGGCUGAGUCCCUCUCAGCUCUCUGCGUGUGAUUGUUGUCGUGACACCUGCUGCACCAAACACGUUGUCCCUCCAUGAGACGUGAGCCCAGCAGGUUGUCCACAGCUAAUAAAACAAGUCGGCCCUUU